AUGGGUGCAUUUUUGGAUAAACCCAAAACUGAGAAACAUAAUGCUCACGGUGCUGGGAAUGGUUUACGUUAUGGCCUAAGCAGCAUGCAAGGAUGGAGAGUAGAAAUGGAAGAUGCACAUACAGCUGUUGUAGGCAUACCUCAUGGCUUGGAAGACUGGUCAUUUUUUGCAGUUUAUGAUGGUCAUGCUGGAUCCCGAGUGGCAAAUUACUGCUCAACACAUUUAUUAGAACACAUCACUAAUAAUGAAGACUUCAGGGCAGCUGGAAAAUCAGGAUCUCCUCUUGAACCUUCAGUAGAAAGUGUCAAGAAUGGUAUCAGAACUGGCUUUUUGAAAAUUGAUGAAUACAUGCGUAACUUUUCAGACCUCAGAAAUGGGAUGGACAGGAGUGGUUCAACUGCAGUGGGAGUUAUGAUUUCUCCUAAACAUAUUUACUUUAUCAACUGUGGUGAUUCACGUGCAGUGCUGUAUAGGAAUGGACAAGUCUGCUUUUCUACCCAGGAUCACAAACCUUGCAAUCCAAGGGAAAAAGAACGAAUCCAGAAUGCAGGAGGCAGUGUAAUGAUACAACGUGUUAAUGGUUCAUUAGCAGUAUCUCGUGCUCUGGGAGACUAUGAUUACAAGUGUGUUGAUGGCAAAGGCCCAACAGAACAGCUUGUUUCUCCAGAGCCUGAGGUUUAUGAAAUUUUAAGAGCAGAAGAGGAUGAAUUUAUAAUCUUGGCUUGUGAUGGGAUCUGGGAUGUUAUGAGUAAUGAGGAGCUCUGUGAAUUUGUUAAAUCUAGGCUUGAGGUAUCUGAUGACCUGGAAAAUGUGUGCAAUUGGGUAGUGGACACUUGUUUACAUAAGGGAAGUCGAGAUAACAUGAGUAUUGUGUUAGUUUGCUUUUCAAAUGCCCCUAAGGUCUCAGAUGAAGCGAUGAAAAAAGAUUCAGAAUUGGAUAAGCACUUGGAAUCAAGGGUUGAAGAGAUUAUGGAGAAAUGUGGUGAAGAAGGAAUGCCCGAUCUUGCCCAUGUCAUGCGCAUCUUAUCUGCAGAAAAUAUCCCAAAUUUACCUCCUGGGGGAGGUCUUGCUGGCAAACGCAAUGUUAUUGAAGCUGUUUAUAGUAGACUGAAUCCACACAGGGAAAAUGAUGGGGGUGCUGGAGAUCUAGAAGACCCAUGGUAGCCUUAUAAACCUUCUAAAAUGCUUUUGAUUCUGAAAAUUGGGGGAAAAAACUUUUAAUCACAAUUUUCUUCAAUACAAGGGAAAAAUAUUCUUGUGGAUUCCCAGCGUUUUGUGAUAAUGGCAGCAUAUCAUUAGCAUUUCCCAUCAUUUGUUCAUAUUUAUGUUUUUUCUAUAAUUGCCACUAUAGAAUUGCCUGUACAGUAUUUUGCCAACCUCAGGCAUACGAGUUACAUCUGUGUAGAACUUUGGGCCCUAGAAACCAACAAAGUUAUUUCACGACAAACCAACAAAUGUGCCUGAGGUGCAUGGGAAUAUAAUUAGCUGUACUCUGAAGAUACAUUAUUUUUUUAAAAAAGCAAAACACAACAUAUAAGCAUGUCAGAGUAAAGAAUUGUAUGAGAUGUUCCUUUUUCAGUUCACCAAGUUGGAAACCUUUUGCAGCUCUGUGGCUUGGAAUUUCAUUUGAAAAAUUUACUAUAGGAUAUAUGUAUUUAUUAUUGUUAUUUAAUUUUUCCAAUUUUACCUGUAUUACCAACUGGGUUCUCCAGUAAUGCCUUGCUUAAAGAUAAAGUGUAUUUGGCAAUAAUAAUAUAAAACUUAUGAAUUUUAUGCAUGUAUCGACUACAUCCUUCAACUUUCACUAGAAAAUCUUUUAAAACCAAAUGGAUUAAUUUAUGGCUAUUUAUAAUUUGCUUUUACAUCUCACUGCUGCACAUUUUUUUAAAUGAUGAAAUUUGCCUUUAUAAUGUAAAUUGUGAUUUUUAUUUUACAUGUGGGUUUCUAUAGUUUUACUUUUUUUCAGCUUUUAAGAUACAAACAAGUUUGGUGUAAUUUGGUAUAAUUUUUAAUUGUUUACAUUAUUUUAAAAGCUCAGAAUAUCACAUUGAAAUUAUACAGUUAAAAUGAUCUAUUUUAGAUCUGAGGAAAUAUUACAGAGAUAUUUUCAUGGGUUCAGUGACUUCAUUUUAUAACAUUGGGCACGGUACAGGAGUGACUAUCACAUAGGUACUUAAAGAUUAUUAGUUUAAUUCUAUUUUUACAGUAACUUCAGUCUUUUGGGUUUUGCAUGUGUUAAGUACAAUUAAUGCUGAACAGGAAGAGAGAAAUAUUUAUUAAAAACUGCAUUUGGAGUAGGAAAAACAAUGAAUGUGUCCAUUUGUACAUGGCUUACAUGUUGUAGAUGCUUUGUAAACAUUUCCUUUAUGUUUAAACUGUGCUUCAGCAGGAUAUAAUUGCCCAUAUGUGUAGUUUUUGAGUCAUCAUCUGGUCCUGUGUGAAAUGGAAUUCAUGGUAUUUUCUGUAUAGCAUUUUUCUGAAGCUGUUCUGGCGAGCCACACAUUUGAAUAUAGACAGCUUUCCUGAUAAUUUGCUUAAUUGUGCAUCUGAUUUUUGGUCUAAAAGGAAUUAUUGCCACAAUAUAUUUUAUUUAUUCUUUAGCUUUUAGCUUUGUAAGUUCAAGUGCUUUACAUGAUGAUGUUAAAAGCUAUUUGUCCCUUUACUGGGUUUGGGAGGGGGGUUUAUUGAAAGAUAGGGAAUGAAGAAUGCAAAAUAGUAUAUUGUUCAAACUGUCCACUCUGAUCCAACCCUGUACUGAUAGUACUUUUCAAGUAUGAUAUUGUGAUGUUUCAUACAACACAGUGAACAUAACCAACUUGUUACCUAAAUAAAUAAUUGAUAAAAA